CUGAUAUGGUGUUAUUCCAGAGAGAAUGUCCAGCAAAUUGUUCCCGAACCGGUGCCUCCUUUGCCGUUCCAAAGCUUGUUGCUUCCCCACGUGAACGACGAAGUGAAGAAAGAGAAGAAACAAAGAGAAAAGAAAGUGAAACAGCAGAAAGACAGACGAAAAAAGCAACCGGAGGAGAAUGAGGUGGCGAAGAAAGAGCGAGAAGCACUAGAGCAGUUACGCUUAGCUGAGGAGCGGUUAGAAUUGGAGCGCGCUGAGCAAAGACGAGCUGAGGAAAGGGCUCGAUUGCACCUGUUAGAACUCGCCCGUGACACGGCUACCCCACCGAUGAGACAAGAUUUUCCUGAGGCUCCAACUCCACACGCUGCCGCUGAAUUGCAACUGCCUGAACCAUCACCGAUAGCAGAGCCGAAGUAUGACAAUGAUUCCGACACGAUUCCUUUCUUCGAUGACGCUGUCACUGUCACGGAAGAGGUAGCGAGUGAACCACUAGAAACAACUUUUCCGUUGAACAUCAGCGUAGAUGAGCCCACAUCUCCUCAGAAAAGAAGAAGAGAAAGGAUAAAGUAA